GCGAUAUAAACGAUACAAAAUUGGCCUACGAUAGAGAUUUUAAUUCUAUUGCACUAUCGCGAUAAUGCAUGUUGAUGACGCAACCUACCCGCGAAAUUUAGAGCCACGAGCUGCAGCCGGCUGCAACGAAUCAUCAUAUUCAUCGUCAUCUUUAAUAAACAUGGCUGAAAACGUCAGCGAAACAGAGGAGCUCGUGAAAAAGACCGGUGCAACAUCUAUUAUUUGGACUUGGUUUGGAUUUAAGCCGUCCGACGAGCAGCAGAAAAAUAUACUCUGUAGAGUGUGUGGGGCAAAAGUUCCAGCUAAGAGCGGUAACACGACUAAUCUGUUCUACCAUCUCAAAACUAAACAUGUCGUUGAAUACCAGCAUUGCCAGGCAAUGCAGCCAAGCGCAAAGUCCAGUACGAAGAACGCAGGACAGAAAAAACAGGAACUGAUCCAAACCUCAAUCCAACAGUCAUUUUCAAAAGGUACUCCAUAUAUUAGGAAGAGCCCGCGAUGGAUUGAAAUUACCAGGGCCAUAACUGUUUACUUGUGUAAGGACAUGGUCCCUUUUCAAACGGUAGAGAGACGCGGCUUUAAAGCCAUGAUCAGAGCUAUUGAUCCACGAUAUGAGGUGCCAAGCCGCAAAUACUUCACAGAAACCGAGAUGCCAAAAUUGUAUGCCGAGCUCCGCGAAAAUGUUGAAAAAGAGCUGUGUGACUUGAAAUACUUUGCUACUACAACGGACCUAUGGUCGAGCCGUACCAUGGAGCCUUUCCUCAGUCUGACCAUUCACUAUAUAACGGAUGAUUGGAAUCUUGGCAGCCGGUGUUUGCAGACGUCGUACUUCCCCGCUGAACAUACGGCCGAGGAGAUAGCACAAGGACUCAAGGAAGCGCUUGAGUCAUGGGGUUUUAAAGAAGAAAGCCAAGUUUGCAUUACUACUGAUAACGGAACGAACGUGGUCAAGGCAGCGUCUCUGAAUGAUUGGACCAGGCUGCAAUGCUUUGGACACAGGCUGCACCUCGCCAUCGAAAAAAGUAUGAAAGACCCCCGAACUGACCGUGCUGUUGGCGUAUGCAAGAAGAUUGUGAGUGCCUUUUCAUACUCUUGGAAAAGAAGAAAAGAGUUGAAGAAAGCCCAGGCAGAGCACCAUCUUCCCUUUCAUCGGCUCAUCACAGAAACACCAACAAGGUGGGGGUCACGCCAGAUGAUGAUCCAGAGGGUGCUUGAACAAGAGAAGGCACUAUCACAGGUACUGAAAGCAGACAAGAAAACCAAACACCUGGUACCCACUUGGCAAGAUACAGAUGUGUUGGAAUCUAUAAGCCGGACCCUCGGCCCACUGCUGGAAUUCACAGACGCGCUGUCUGGUGAAGAUUAUGUUAGUGUGUCGUAUGUCAAACCUGUUCUCCAUCUUUUCAACAACACUGUUCUUGCUGCAGCUGAUGAUGACACCGAGCUGACCAAGGACAUGAAAAGAGUCAUCCUAGAGUACUUAAACGAGAAGUACUCUGACCCAAAAACGGUUGACCUGCUGGAUAUGGCCUCCUUGGUCGACCCACGGUUUAAAGAUGCAUAUAUAGCUGAUGACCGCCAGGAGUUCAUCAAGACCAGAGCGGUAGCAGAAAUUCUGUCACUGUUGGAGGUGCAAGCUGCAAUGGUCAGAGAGCCACUACCACACACAAGCACAGAAGCUGCAGCUGAUGGUGCUGAAGCUGCUGAAGUAGCUGUUGAGAGUCAAUCAAAGAAGGUAAAACGGAGCCUGGGAAGCUUUUUCAAAAAGGCCUCCUCCGAUGGCACAGCUGCUCUCGCUGACCGAGAGGCCAUCGAAGUGGAGCUAAGAAGUUACCUGCAGACAAUGCAGGUUGAUGGAGAGACUGAUCCACUGGACUGGUGGCGGCUGUACCAAGCUAAUUUUCCAAGGGUGGCUAGACUGGCCCAGAAAUAUCUCUGUAUCCCGGCCACAAGUGCUCCUUCGGAAAGGGCAUUUAGCAUUGGUGGCAACAUUGUUACAUGCCACCGGUCUCUGUUGAAGCCAGAGACUGUGGACAAGCUUGUGUUCCUGGCUAAUAAUCUUUAGGGCUUAACAAAUGACAAAUGGUGUGUAUUAAACAAAAUCUCAGUGAGUGCCUGACUUUAGGGUUUGUUGUUGUUGCUUUUUAACUGAGAAGACACCAGACAGUUUUUCCUGUUCUUAGCAUAUUUUGUGCCCUUUUAAGAAAAUAACUAAAACUACAUUUGCACUUUUUACUUUAUAUAUGGCAUGGCACUACUGUAGAGAAACUUUAAUACUUUAAAACUUUUCUUUAGUUGACGUAUAUGUUCCUUAUACUGAAAUAUGUUAUUUAUUUAUUUUGUGCUUUCAUUUAGCACUUUAUAAUGUUUUCAUUUGAAGUUUAUGUGCACUACACUUGGAAGAAUUUUCUUUAUUUAAAAUAGCCAUGCCUUAUACCGGAAGUAUAUCCCUAAUUCACAGUGUCCGUUCCUUUAUUAACAAGACACCAGUUUUAAUUUCAUUAGGAGAACAAAAUGUUUAAAACCAAAUGCGUUACCUCGGCUGCAGGUUUGAAAUAUGUUUUUAUUUAAAGUAUCUGUGCAUUUACACAAAAUAAUUUUCUUUGCCUAAUUUAUACUGGAAGUAUUUUCAGUACAGUGUAUGUUCCUUAAUUAAAAAGACACCAGUUUUUCUGUUCUCUGCAACUUGAGUGGCAUUUAAGAACCAAGGACUUUAAGUAUAGUGUCUUUUAGAAGGAAAG